AUGAAAUCUCAAGCCGUAGCAAUUAUGGCAACACGAACUCAAGACCAGCCUCUUAUCGCCUCGAUUGUCAAAGCACACGGAGUAAAAGGUCCGGAGUGCUUUACUGAGGACAAAACGACCGUCGUCGCAGGCUAUGGAAGACACCCGUGGUUCUGUCAUGAACUCUUUGACGAUUCAAUAGAGACUCCUACAUACGUCCCAUCUGAAGAUGUCGAGGCUGCGAAAGAGCAGCACUACAAGGCAGUGCUCUCACCAGCUCCAACCGAUCCAGCUUUCUGGCACGAUCUCCCAGAACCGAUAGCACUGUCUACUUUUAUCGCGGAGACUAGAGCACGAUUAAUCGAAGACCCAUACGCCAUGAUCGGAGAGAUUGGUCUUGAUAAGCCAUUCCGACUGCCUAUGCAGUGGACGGAUCCCAAGCCAGAGCCUGAUCCUGAUCGGACACCAGGAGGUCGUCAGAGAAGACCACUCAGUCAACAUCGCAUUAAUAUUACACAUCAAAAGGCUGUAUUCAUGGCGCAUCUCAGACUAGCAGGAGAGCUUGGAAGGCCUGUUAGUGUUCAUGGGGUGCAAGUCCAUGGAAUUUUGUAUGAUGCUUUGAAUGAGUCCUGGAAGGGUCAUGAAGUUCGAGGUCGGCGCUCAAGGGACAAAGAAGAGAAGAAUGGCACAAAUUCACAAGCGGCAGAGGAAACCCCAAAGCCAUACCCCCCACGAAUCUGUCUUCACUCAUUUAGUGGUAAAUCCGAUGCUGUCAAACAGUAUCUCAAACCAUCCAUCCCAGCCAAGAUCUUCUUCUCAUUCUCAAAGACCAAUAACCUGCGAUCAGAUGAAGAGAGGAAGAAGGCGGAAGAUGCGAUCAAGAUAGUGCCGGAUAAUCGGAUACUGGUUGAGAGCGAUCUCCAUACUGCUGGUGAGAGGAUGGAUAGUGAACUUGAGGAGAUGUACCGUGUGAUUUGUCAAGUGAAGGGAUGGGGUUUGGAAGAAGGCGUUGAGAAGAUUGCCGAGAAUUAUCGGGAGUUUGUCUUCGGUUCAUGCGCGAUGGUCUUGGACAUUAAACGUCAGCAAAAAGGGGGCUUGACUGUCAAGUAA